AUGUCGUCGGCGGUGCCCCCGCCGCCGCCCCAGCAGGAGGCCCCCUCCGCCGGCGGCGACAAGGUCCUGGCCGCGGCGCAGCACAUCGUCAAGUCCCUCGCCACCUCCAAGAACGCCGCCGACGACAUGAUCCGCAUACUCUCCGGCUUCGACAACCGCCUCUCCUCCAUCACCAACGACCACCUCUUCCCCUCCCCAGACCUUUCCGCCGCCUCCGCGCCGGACUCCUCCGCCUCCGAGAUCUCCGCCGCCGCCGCCUUCGACGCCGCCGACCAGCUCAUCCAGCUCUGGGACGCCACCCCGGAGGCGCUCGUCUUCGAGGCCCCCGAGGACGACGUCGCGCAGUACCUCGCCGCCGUCGACGUCGCCAUCGACCACCUCGCGCGCGGCGGCCCAGGGGGCGCGCGGGCCGGCGUCGCCGUCCAGCUCGCCAUGGCGCGCCUCGAGGAGGAGCUGCGCCACCUCAUGGUCCGCCACGCCGUCCCCAUCGACCCCACGGGCCUCUUCUUCUCGCUCCGCCGCCUCUCGCUCGAGUCCAUGGACGACCUCGACGCCUCCUCCCCCGACUUCGACGCCGCCACGCCGCACAGCCUCGCCCUCGACGCCACCCCCACCGGCCCGGACACCGCGCGCGGCGCCGCCCUGGGAUCUAACCCCUUCGAGGACCAGGUGUUCGACCCCGUGCGCCCCGAGGCCGUCGAGGACCUACGCGCCAUCGCCCACCGGAUGGCGCGCGCGGGGUACGCCCGCGAGCUCGCUGACGCCUACUGUGCCGUCCGCCGCGACCUGCUCGACGAGUACCUCUCCGUGCUUGGCGUCGAGCGCCUCAGCAUCGACGACGUGCAGCGCAUCGAGUGGAAGCUGCUCAACGACAAGAUGAAGAAGUGGGUGCACGGGGUCAAGACGGUCGUGCGCGUGCUGCUGGCUGGUGAGCGCCGCCUCUGUGACCAUGUGCUCGAUGCGUCCGAUGAGCUUAUGGAGGAGUGCUUCCUUGAGUCCACCAAAGGAUGCAUUAUGCAGAUUCUUAGCUUUGGGGGUGCCGUGGCGGUAUGCCCCCGCUCGCCAGAGAAGGUACCUCGGAUCCUUGACAUGUACGAGGCACUCGCAGAGGUGAUCCCUGAAAUGAAGGACUUGUGCGUGGGAAGUUCUGGGGAUGGUGUGAUCAGUGACGUGCAAGCCAUUCUUGAUAGGCUUGGGGAUGCUGUGAGGGGUAACCUGUUUGAGUUUGGGAAGAUGUUACAGCAGGAGACCUCACGGAGGGCGAUGACAACUGGAGAGAUCCAUCCAAUGACACGCUAUGUCAUGAACUAUUUGAGGUUGCUGGUUGUUUACAGUGAGACACUUGAUGUACUCUUGGCUGAUGACAGCAGUGAUCAUGAUGCUUUCAGAAGUUCUGAUGAUCAGGAUCAGGAACACUUGGAGAACAUGACCCCUUUUGGAAGGCGUCUUCUGAAGCUGAUAUCUUACCUGGAGGCCAAUUUGGAGGAAAAAUCUAAGCUCUAUGAAGAUGCUGCCCUAGAGUGCAUAUUUGCCAUGAACAAUUUGCUCUAUAUUGUUCAGAAGGUAAAGGAUUCCGAGCUAGGAAAGGUUUUGGGUGAUCACUGGAUAAAGAGGCGGAGUGGCAAGAUUCGACAAUAUUCAAAGAGCUACCUAAGGCUUUCAUGGACCAAGGCUUUGUCUUAUUUCAAGGAAGAUGGACAUGGGAGUGGGAGUGGUAGUGGUAGCGGGAGUGGCAGUGGCAGUGGCAGUGGGCAUUCAAGUUCGAGGAUGUCCAUCAAGGACAGGUUCAAGACCUUCAACAUGGCCUUUGAGGAAAUUUACAGGAACCAGACACUCUGGAAAGUUCCAGAUCCUCAGCUCCGGGAAGAACUGAAGAUAUCAAUAUCUGAAAAUGUGAUUCCAGCUUAUCGUGCUUUUCUGGGCAGAUAUGGCAAUCAAGUGGACGGGGGAAGAAAUCCAGGAAAAUAUAUAAAGUACACACCAGAAGAUUUGGAGAGCCAGCUAUCUGAUUUAUUUGAGGGAUCACAAGUGUCUGCCAAUCACUCUAGGAGAAGAACAUAG